AAAAGAAAAACUACUCACAAGCGAGCAGGAAAAAGACUCGCGACUUUUGCUCGCGCGAGAGUCAAUGAUUAUGUACUCAAACGGCUGACUGAUAGCUGGAAUCGGCUCCAGUGGAGCCAGUUUAGUGACCCGAUUUGGCCUACCAGUCAUCUGACAUAUAGUACGGGUUUUAAUAUGCAUAGAAACAUCCUUUUUCAUUUGUGGCCAGAAGAAAUGGCGAAAAACCUGGUCAUAGGUUUUCCGGACACCCAAAUGUCCUGACCCAUCAUGAGCAAGUCUUAACACAUGACCACGAAGCUUGGCUGGAAUGACAACUUGAAAAAUGGGAUCCCCAACAAAAUCCUCACCAUGGGGCACCCACUUAUUCACCAAAAUACCAUCCUGAAGAAGGUAGCCCCUGGAAACAUGUUUCACCUCACCAACUGACAGCACUGAUCCAAACUACUCCUCCAAGGCUGGAUCUGCUCUCUGUUCAUUAUGCAGAUCACUACGAGACACAGACAAAGGAAAAUCAGGUAAACACGGCAAAUUUUUCUCCACGUCUCCAUCUACCUCCUUUGAUUCAGCACAACUCAUCGAUCGAGUAACCGCACAUGCAGAGAAAACUUUGGGGAAGUUUACAGCACUCUCAUCAGGCUGUUCAGAGGCUGAAGGAAAGGGAGUGACUAUCGGAGGAGGAGGCACAUCUGCCCACACAUGACUGCCAGCCAGGUCGUUACCCAAAAUGAUGUCAAUCCCUUCCACUGGUAACGCUGGUCUCACACCAAUAGGAACUCUGCCCUGCACCAAGCCACAGUCUAGAUUCAGCAUAUGCACCGGGACAGGCAACACCCUCAACCCCAUUCCUCGCAUCAGGAUUUUAUCCCCUGUAUCUGCCUCAUCUGAAAACGAAAAAAUGGAGUCUCGAACAUAGGAGUUGACAGCACCCGUAUCCCUCAAAAUCUUAACAGGCACCUUAAUUUCACUACCAGUCUGUGUUACAAACCCUUCUGAGACAAAAGGCCAAUAGGACUCAUCUGGGCCUCCAACCACGCCAGAUUCUGCAUGCCCGCCAUGCCACACUCCCACAGGACCAGAAACACUUACAACCAGUGCAGCAGGUUUUAGCCGCCCACCUCCAGCCUGCUGCCUCCUAUCCCCAAGUAUAGGACAUUCCUGUUUCCAGUGGCCUGCCUCACGGCAGCAAUUGCACGUAUUUUCUCCCAUUUCAGGCGCUCCGUGAGGUGCCCAACCUGGAAAACCCCCGAAGCAACCAGAUGAUUUAACACCUCCAUCAUCCUCCCACACAGGCUCACCGAGCCAGCUUUUAUGAAUAAGCGCAUACUCAUCAGCCAAUCCCGCAGCCUGGGCGGCAGUUGUAACCUUAUGCUCAGUAAGAUAUGUGGCAACACGGCUGGGCAGAGAGUUCUUAAACUGCUCCAAGACGACCAAAUUACACAAACUUUCAAAAUCAAUAACAUCAGAAGAUGUACACCAACGAUUGAAAUUAUUUGUCAGCUCCCUCGCAAACUCCAUAUGAGACUGGUUGAACCUUUUUUCCAACAUCAUAAAACGCUGUCGAUAUGCUUCAGGAACCAACUCAUAUGCCUUCAGUACAGCAUUCUUGACUGAUUUAUAAGUUGUAUCAUUAUCUAAAGGAGUUCUCGCACCAGUGGUGUUGCCAGCAAAGAAAAUCCUUCAGGAACUGAGUCGGAUGAAAAUGGGCUGGGAUGACGACUUACCAGAAAAGGUCAAACAACAGUGGACAGAUUGGUUGACAAAACUUCCCAAUCUAAAGGACUUCAAAGUCAACCGGUGCAUCAAGCCACCAGCAUUUGGAAAUCCUACAUACGCACAGUUGCACCACUUUGCGGAUGCAAGUGAGGAAGCUUACGGGACGGCUAGCUACUUACUGUUGUGGAACCAGAGAAAUCAAGUUCACUGCACAUUCAUGAUGGGGAAGGCCAGAGUGGCUCCUUUAAAGCAACCUGCCAUCCCACGGAUAGAGCUGACGGCAGCAACAGUCGCUGUGAAAAUGAACAAGCUGGGGAGAAAAGAGCUACAGUCGGAGGUAUCCAAUUCUGUAUGUUGGAGCAGGGAAUACUCGCCACAGCUCCAGGAACGGCAAAGAUGGUCAAGAGCAUCGAGAAACUUCACUCUGGGAGACAUCGUUCUUCUAGUGGAUGACUCUGCUCCAAGAAACUCUUGGGUCAUGGGGAAGGUCAUUAAGGCACUUCCAGACCACAAAGGACUUGUUCAUCAGGUCUGCAUAAAGACAAAGACUAGUGUUUUACACAGGCCCAUUACAAAGCUGUGUCUGCUUUUGGAAGACGAACAGUGCUAAAGACUGAGCAACAGUGUAGGAGUCUGUUAUCUGCCUCCGGCUCUUAUAUCGUUAUUUUGUGAGAAUGUUCCUUUACAGUACAUGGCUCUCUUAAUUUAAGUUAGGUAAUUGUUUCAAAUGUUAAAUCUUGAGAACAAUUAGGGGCCGGUGUGUAAGAGCCAAAUUCAGUUUGCUGUUAAAUAUUCACUUGUAUUUACAUGUUUAACUUUAAUCACAUCUGUUUCAACUUUGAAUGUUACAAGGAUGUUGUUAUAAUUUGUUAUAGUAAGAAAUCCAUGUAAGUGACAGACUACUGUCACUUUAAGGACACUUUGCGAUAGUUAGUUAUACGGUUAGGAGUAAUACCUGAAGCAGAGUGGAGCCGCACAGUUUUCCGACCGUGUUAUGAAACAUGUUAUGGACCGUGUUAUGAAACGUGUUGUGGACCGCGUUAUGAAACGUGUUGUGGACCGUGUUAUGAAAUGUGUUGUGAAACGUGUUAUGAAAGGUGUUAUAUGAAACGUGCUAUGUGGAUUAACCUGUGGAUCAUUAAAGUGUGUCGAGGUAAUCAGAGUACUUUUAGGAAUAAAGGAAGUCGUUUCACUAACUUGUACGAAGGAAAUUGGAUCAAUAAAAACACGUAUUGCUUUCAUCUACGAGCGGUGUCGGUGUGAGCUAUGUGCUAAGGACCAGAAACUCGCGUCAACUUAAGGUUUACAUUGUGCUAAAGAUUUGGACGCUACACUACCUAAACAUGUAUUCUUUUUGCACUUUGUCCAAUAUCCCUUCCAUCCUGUUUAUUAAAUGGUGACUCUAUUUGGCCCUCAACGUAGUCACAAUUUCUUAUUUUGGCCCUCUCUGUGAUUGAGUUUGAUACCCCUGGCAUAUAUGCUAUAUUAUGCUAAAAGGUGUAAUUUUGUAACUUUUUUGGUUGUUGGUUGCAGGCUGUCACUUCCCUCUCUCUGGCCAAUCACGGGACGCACUGUACACGUUGGUCAAGGUGCGUGCCUGUGAUUGGUAGAGCAGAGGGGAGGAGGGACUUGUUCUGUGUUGGGAGCUAGUCAAAUUUGUUAAACCGCAACCAACAAAGAAGAGAGUUGUUGAGACCUGUAAAAAGACCGUUGAUGUUCACUGGAGUUGCUGGCACUAUUGUUGAAGGUUUGUGUAAAUAAACCUCUUGCAAGGACUUCACUCUGUCUCCGAAUCUUCCAGCAUCAAAUGGAGAUGGAAAAACACGAUUCACUGCAACAGAUGGACCUGAACCAAAUCAGUGAGGAUUCAAUAUCCCCUGAAAUGGAUUUGGAGGCCGCACUGACAGAAUGCUCCGAUGCCCUCAACCUUUUCCUGAACAACAGGUUUUCUGAUGCUUUGGCUGUCUUAAAACCUCGGAAGAGUCAGAGCAUGUACCACGCAAUGGGCUACAGCAGCAUUUUGGUGAUGCAGGCAGGCAUGACCUUUGACCCAAAGGACAUGAAUGCUGCCAUGGCGUCACUGGGUGAAUCCCUGCAGACGUGCCAAAGAUUUCGGAAGAAAACUGGAAUAGUGGAGACUUUAACCAGCCUGUGGAAUAGGCAACCAGCUGACAACCUGACAGAAGAGGAGAUGCAUGCAGAGCUGUGCUAUGCUGAAGUUCUGCUGCAGAAAGCAGCUCUCACCUUUCUGGAUGAGACUAUACUCGGCUUCAUCAAAGGAGGGAUGAGAAUCCGAAACAGUUAUCAGAUUUUCAAGGAUUGCCAGGCCUUGGCCAGUGUCACAAACGACAUGGAAAAACAGAAGAGCACCCACAUACAUUUUAGGGGCGGUGUCAGCAUGGGCAUUGGAUCAUUUAAUCUGAUGUUGUCUCUGCUCCCAUCCAAAGUCCUCAGACUGAUGGAGUUUUUGGGCUUCUCAGGAGACCGGGAAAUGGGUUUGUCAGAGUUAAGGGACGGAGCAGCCGGCAACAGCCUGCGCUCCAUCCUCAGCACCCUGACACUGCUGAUGUUUCAUCUCUACAUUACUGUGAUUCUGGGUACUGGUGAAGCAAACCUUACUGAGGCUGAGGCCCUGCUGGAGCCCUACAUUGAAAAGUUCCCCAAUGGAGCUCUCAUUCUUUUCUACACUGCAAGGAUUGCUUUGCUCAAAGGAAACUUCACUUUUGCCCAGGAAAAGUUCCUGGCGUGUAUUGCAGCACAGGAAGAGUGGUGUCAGAUUCACCACCUGUGUUACUGGGAGCUGAUGUGGGCUUACUCAUUCGAACAAAACUGGAGGGAGGCGUAUCGAUACGCUGACCUGCUCUGCAAAGAGAGCAAGUGGUCCCAGGCCACCUAUACAUUCCAGAAAGCUGCCAUCUUGAGCAUGCUACCAGAGGAAGAAGUGACUGAACUGCAAGAAAAUGUGAUCGUGUUAUUCAGGCAGGUGGAGGGUCUCAGACUGAGGAUUGCUGGGAAGUCGAUCCCAACAGAGAAGUUUGCAGCAAGCAAAGCACGCCGAUACUCUUCUUCUGCGCCUGUGAAACUAGUCGUGCCUGCUUUGGAAAUGAUGUACGUGUGGAAUGGUUUCACAGUGGUGGGCAAAAGACCAGAGUUGACUAAAAGCAUCUUGACCACCUUAGAGAAAGCAGAGGAGCAGCUCAGAGAUGAUCCAAACCCAUCAGUGUAUCACCUGGAUGACCAGUGUGUUGUUCAGCUGCUGAAGGGCCUGUGUCUAAGACAGCUGGGGCACCUGGUCCAGGCUGAGCUCUGCUUCAAUAAAGUCAUUUCCAGUGAAAAGGAUAUCGCUUUCGACAACUACCUGGUGCCAUUCACCAUGUAUGAGCUCGGCCUGUUGCACAAGCAGAAAGGUGACAUCAACACAGCCAUCACAAUGAUGGAAAAUGUCAAGAUUAACUACAAAGACUACAACAUGGAGUCGAGGCUACACUUCCGCAUCCACGCAGCACUCAACACCAUGGGCUCUUUCUCAACCAAACUUCCCCCUUCACGCACGGCAGCUUAAGAGACUCCACGAAAAACAUAGACCAACACGUCUGACUCAAAGUCUCGACCCUGUGUGUUGCCCUCAGCUCUGUCACUUGAAAUCCUCUAGAUGGGCAUCUUACUGUCAGCUCCUUUUUAAAAAUGGUACUGUGUUCAGUCUUUUUUUUUCUGUGCAGUAUGAAUAAGUCUGCUGUAAAGUUAUCUAAAUAAAAAUUAUGAAUUCAAUGAUGUCCUAUAUUUAAUGCUGGCACAAAAUGUAAGGUACAUAACAAAUGUUGAUAAAUUUGAUCACUGAACUCUGAAUAAAUA